AUGUUCAUCCCCAUGAAAACCAAGCUGGAAGAGUUUUGGGAGCAGUGGCAAAAAUGUCCUCUUCCUCCAUCAAUUCUCUCAAUUUAUCUCAACCGUAUCGUACUAUCAACUGCUGAUAAUAUGGCUCGUUUGUCCACGUGGCUCUGUGUUUUAUUCGCACUUGUUCGCGUAGUUGUCCUUCAAAAAAUCUCUGAUAAUCGAUUUCAAAUGAUAUCAGCUCCUGGAUUCGGAUGGAUACUAAUAUUUCUCAGUUUUGUGUGCAGUUUCGUUAUUUCAAUGUCAUUUUAUUACAAAGACCAGAUUUCGGAAAUGGGGAUUUGGACACCGAAACCAGGAUGCGAAUCUUUAUCAAUUACGGAAGUUUAUCAAUAUAAAUUAGUUGCUUCUGAUUUGUACACAUUUGGAAAUGGAGUAUUUUCUAUACUGUUUUAUUUGUCAAAUGGAUUCUUCACUCAUAUUCUUCCGUGUCUUUUGUAUCCAGUUUUGAUAUUUUUCUUAUCAACAGAAGUUCAAAAAUCAAAGAAAAUUCAAAGUGUGUCAAGCAUCAAUCCACAUCAAAAGAGAAACGAGAAGACGACGACCCUAGUGAAUGUUAUCUCAGUUUUUCAACUUUUCAUCGAAAUAUGCUAUUCGGUCAUUUUCAUUUUAGAAUUAAUAUUCGGAGCAGAUACAGUAGACUUUAUAAAAUAUGCGAAAGUUGUAACUAAAUGGAUUUUUGCUUUCAACUCAUCGACGAGAUGUUUUCUAUGUGUCUUAUUAUCAUGUCGGUAUCGAAACACGAUUCGAAGAAUGUUUGGAUUACGGGAUAGAAUGACAAUGAACAAACCAAGUACUGCACGACCAUCACCUUCGUUACAAAGAUCAGCUUCUUCAAUACUUCCGCCGUGUAGCCCAAAGAUGGAGUCCAGUUUGUAA